GCAAAGAGCAAUCAAGACGAAACCCAGACAUUCAACGACAUAGCAUUGCCGGCUCAACAACUUCGGCAUCCAUACAGCGAUAAUGGCUCGACUGAUAUAUGGCGUAGCGGCGACGCCAAUGCCGCGACGGGCCGAUCCCCUGACGGACCUGACCAUGCUGCUGAACCGCCUGCAGCGCACCAUUCUGCAUGCCGACGCCGAGCGCGAGGCACGCCUGAAGGAGAGCGAGUUUGAGAGGGAAAAGGCCCAAGCAAACAUCAACUACGCACGGUCGCUCCUCACCAAGCUCGAGCAGGAAGCCCUGUCCGUCAAGAUCCUCGUCCGCCGACAGGAAGCCCAGGCCGAUCUGGUGCGGAAGCGGGAGCUUCUGGACCAGUUAUCGGAGCGGCUCAGCGAUCUGGCCGAGCUUGCCGCGGUUGGGAACAACGGUAAUGCCGCCGACGAAGAGGACACUUCGGACGGGGAGGACAUCCUAGCCGACAUCGUCGUCACGCCGAGCGAGAGCUUGGACUCGACGAAGUCGAGCGACAUGCAGCCAGAGGAACCAGACGAGCCAUCGGCUCAGACCCCAGCCCCGCUAGAACCACCAUCACCCCCUCCGCCGCAACCCGCACAGCGACAACGCACCACACCCCAACCCGAAUCCUCCUCCAUCCCCUCAACCACACCACCACCCCCAGCAACAACCUCCCAAACCCUCCGCCACCGUCACACCGAACUAAAAACAACACCACCAGCAGCAGCAGCAUCAACAACAGCAACAACCAGCUCCUCCCUCUUCGUAAACCACCCCUCCCAAAAAAUAUCAACAACAACAGCAAUCCCCACAACAGAAGAAGCCAUCCUAGACCACCAGCGCGCCGAACAAGACGCCCUGUCGGACUCCAUCCUCCGCCUCGCCUCCGAGCUCAAGGCCUCGUCGCAAGCCUUCAGUGCCGCGCUCGAGGAGGACAGGGAAGUCGUUGAGCGGGCGGGACGGGGCAUGAGCAAGACGGGCGAGGCCAUGGAGGGCGUGACGCGGCGGAUGGGCAUGCUGCAGCGCAUGACCGAGGGGGAGGGGUUCUGGGGCAGGUUGAGGUUGUAUGUCAUUGUGUAUGGGUUGAUGGUAGGGUUGGUCUUGUUGGUUGGGGUGGGGCCGAAGUUGAGAUUUUGAUACUCUGCCUCUGGUUGUUUAUUUUGAGUAUCGGAGAGGAGUGAGUGGUUGGGUGGAUGGAUGAGCAAUGGGAAGGAGGUGAGCUGCUAUUCGGGACGAGCGAGUAAACAACUUAAAGGGAAG